AUACGUUGGAUACGCGCACGACAUCAGUCCUGGUAUAGUUUAUGAACACAUGCGAGCGUCAGUUUGCUGGUAAUAAGUAGACUCAUCACGGACCUGAACAUGGUUUCUCGGGUCCCUGUGUUUACGACAAUGCAAACGCUUCUUUUCAUCUUUUCAGUCGACCCCGACGUGGGCGACGGUCCUCCCGCUUUCAGUUAGACUCAACGCCGCGUAAAUUAUCAUACAUACAAGAUGGCUCGCCUGCGCCGCGACACACUUUCAGCGUCCAGCACUACUCAUUCUCCAACAUCUACCACCGCGAAUUCACCUAUGCCAAGUCCGAUAACGCCCUCCAAACCAUUUCGUAUUUUCUCGACAGGGACAAUAUUCUUGACGUAUUCAUUGGACCUCUCCUCGCAUCCAGUUCCGGGUACUACAUCUCGUGCACAGGCAGUCACCGCCGCACGAGGUGGGAGCGCUGGACAUGUACUCGGUUUUUUGGCAGCGCUUCCCGCUGCUGUAGAACCUAUGCUCAUAGCGAGUUUGGGCGCGUCACCCGACGGAAUCCGACUCCGAGAUGAACUUGAAGCUGGUGGAGUGCGCACGAAAUACUGCAAACUCUGGCCCGGUCUUGGUGUUCCAUCUGCAUGGGUAAUGCACGCCCGUGAUACUGGUGAAAAGACUGUCAUAAAUCACAAUCCGCUUCCAGAGGUGUCUCACGAAGAUUUUAUUGCCUUGCUUGGCCCUGUUCUGGCCCCAGAGAACUACGUUGGUGUUGCUCACCCCCAGCCCCCUCAACUACCUCCAAAUCCACCUUCGCCCACUUCUGUCUUCCCAAACGCAUUUGCUUCCACUCCACCACCGAGAACUAGCAUGUCUUCCAGACCUGCAACAGCUCCAACAGGAAGCAGCGCUCCACAUAUGGCCAUCGUGCCUACGCAAAGUCCAUUUUCACCAGCGCCUUUUGACUGGCUGCAUUUUGAAGGACGGAGUGUCAGAACCACCCUAUCCAACAUUCUUGGAGUAGACGGUCUCGCCCGCGAGCGAAAGUGGCGAGGUCAUUGUGUUAUUAGCGUGGAUCUCGGUCGGAGGGCACGAGAAGGCGUCGAAGCCCUUAUCCCCCAUGCAGACAUCAUCUUCCUUUCAGCCCACACUUUCCCUUCACUCUCUAAUCCCCAACCUAAUGCUGCCAACCCUGGCCCACCUUCUCCGCGCGCUAUUCUCCUUGCGCUCGCACGACACGCACCUCCACACGCGCUCCUUGUCUUAUAUGGAGGUGCGCUCGGUUCAGCCCUCCUCUCCCUCCCCACGCGUGAGUACCUCCAGUCCUCCUCCUGGUCUCCACCCCCGAUAGGGUACAGAUCCCACGCACACACCAACUCCAACUUACAUUCUAUCAUCUCCACCGCCGAGGGUGUCGAGAGCGUUCGCAGCGGGUCAGAAUUUUGGGCUGGCGGCCGCAGCCCCGACUCAAGCGGGUUCAACAUGGGCAAUAUCUCCUCAUCUGCCGGAAAUCGUGAUAGUGGAUACUCAGAAGACCACGAGGACGAGCCGAGGGGGCGCACGUCAUCAGCAGGAGAAUCCUUCCAUCCACUCGACGAUGACGACGAUGAUGACGACGACGCGAGGUCCACGCAUACCACUCGCGGGACAUCCCUGCCGCACUCACUUCCAAGCCCUCAUCUUCACACCAACGGUCAUGUUCACGGUCACAGCCACGCACACGUACGUCCUCCGCAACACGUGCGUCCUCCGCGACACGCGCGUCCCCCACAACGUGUACAGAGCUCUGUGCACGCGCAGCCUUUACCACCGCUCUCGGAAGACCUGCAAGACGAGGAGGGUGCGCAUUCCGCGUUCGUCGCGGGGAUGAUCUGGUCCCUCAGCCGGCGCAUUCUUCCAGGUGCACCGUACACACCCGUGCAAGCGGAGGAGAAGGAAGUAGACCCCACCGCGCGGUGGAGACUCGACGAGUGCAUGCGAUUUGCGACGGAGUGUGCGGGGCGCAAAGCUGGUGGGUGCGAGUGGGGCAAUUUGGCUAUGGAGAUGAGAGAUGCGGGGUGGUUUGAUUGAUCGACGCACUCGUUGACGAAAAGCAUUUAGUUUUGUAUUUGGUUGAUUAUGAUACCUUUACUGAUAUACCCUCUUGGACAUCUGGUUUUACAUUGUACAUAUACCAUCUUGCCGAAUUCCAGAUGCUGAUACGUUGGCCUUCUGGUUACUGAA